UUUUGCAGAAUAUCUUUUAUAAAUCUAAGACUCAGUUUUUUGAGUUUUACAUUCAUAAAAGAGCAUUUCUUUCUGAUAUAAAACAAGUCUACUUGCAAACUUUUAUAACUGCACAAAUUCAAUAUAUACAAACCGUACGAAUUUUAGAAUUUAGAUUCAGAAACUAUUAGUUGAGGGACGUAACUUUUCAUGUUACAUGUUGUUGUUAUUUUCUUUUCACAAAAGAAAAUGUUGUGUAGUUAAAAAUUGUGUAAUUUGAAGAAAGGAAAUAUAUAACACCUGUUUAGUGUUUUGUCUCUUUGCAUUCAUAUGCUUGAUCGGUAGCUUGUUUCUGUAUUUCAUAGAAUGGAAGAAUACGAAACAGUAUUAUUGGUAAAAAAUGAAGUUUUUGUUUUUCAAAUCCCACCUAGAGCGACAAAUCGUGGCUAUAGAGCUGCUGAUUGGAAGUUGGAUAGUCCUGCCUGGACUGGUAGAAUGCGUAUAGUAUCAAAAGGAAAGAAAUGUUUUAUUAAAUUAGAAGAUAAAACUUCUGGAGAGCUUUUUGCAAAAGCACCCAUUGAUAAAUAUCCAGGCAUUGCUGUUGAAGCUGUCAUGGAUUCUAGUCGCUAUUUUGUUUUAAGGAUUGAAGACGACAAUGGCAGAGCUGCGUUUAUAGGCAUUGGAUUUUCUGAUAGAGGAGAUUCUUUUGAUUUGAAUGUUACUUUGCAAGAGCAUUUUAAGUGGAUUCAAAGUAGUGAAGAAAUUGAGAAAGAUCUUGCUUCAUCAGAUGGAAAGUCAAAUCUUGAUCUUGGGUUUAAAGAAGGACAGACAAUUACUAUCAACAUGAAUAUAGGUAAAAAGUCUGGCAGUUCUAAACCUCGUCCAAAGACUAACUCAUCAGGUGGUUUGCCUGGACUAUUGCCUCCACCACCAGGGGGAAUUAAAAUCCCACCUCCAUCCAUAAACAAAGGCAUGAACUCUCAACCUGUCAACCAAGGUAGUGCAGAAACUUCUUCUAAUCCUGUGGUAAAGGAUGAUCUGCUAUUAGAUCUGGGAUCAUUAAAUUUAGGGUCAUCAGUCUCUCAAGAAAACAAUUCUGCUCCUAAAAAUUCUUCUGGAACAGAGUUGUGGGGAGAUUUUGCAACAGCUACUGGGAAUUCUAGUUCAGUGCAACAACCUAGUUCAGCAAACAGUUGGAUAGAUUUCUAAAUAUUUUUUGAGAAUAUAUCUUGAUAGAUUUGAAAAUUAUCUUGUAUUGCAUUAUUAAGUUAUGCAUGAAAAUGCCUUUGUUUUUUACUAUUUUCAUUGAUGCUCCUUAACUGUAAAUCUGUGUGUUAUCUAAAAUCAUUGUUAGAUAUUGGUAUUUAUAAAAUUAGUAAAUUCUAUGGAAUAAAGUUCUAAAGUGUUGUUAUAUUAGUUUUAUUAUUAGUUAUUAUUUAUUUAUUUUUUAUUUUAUUUUUGCAUUUAGUUUCCAUAUUUAUAUUUCUUUUGUUUUGAUUUAAAUAUUAUUAAAAUAUUCUCCAUAAAUUUAUUGAAAUUAGACAUCUUUCUGUUAAGUUUCCAGCUUUAAGUCUCAGAAGAAAAAAACAUGCAAGAUAGUUUAUAAUUUUCAAAUGAAAAAAAAAAAUAUUGUGAAAUAUUGUUUUUACUUUCUCUGUUUGUUUUUUCUAAUAAGAAAUUUUUUUAAAAUUAUUUAAUACUAAUUUCAAAAUUUAAUUAUUACUUCUUGUGCUUUCAAAAAAACAAUUUUGCGCAUGCUGUUCUAAGAAUGUUUUUUCUGUCAAAGUUAAUGUUUCCUAAAUUUUAAUUUAAUUGAAUCAAUGUAUAGAAUAAAUCUAAUGUAGACAUAGAAAAAUGUUUGUCGUGUUGUAAUGCUAUAAUCAUUCCAUUUUUGAGUGUACUUAAUUUUGUAUUUUAAUUACUAAUUUAGUACAAUUCAUUGUAUAUGAUCUUUAUAGGAAAAUGCUAUUUGAUUCUCAUUUUAUUAAAUGUAUAGUUUUAAUUAAAAAUUUAUUCGAUAACUAAUUUAAGGAAAAUGCAUAACUUUUCAUUGAAAAACAUGACAAAAAAUAUUAUAACAUAUACUGAACAGAAUAUUAUUACAUUUACAUGUGUUUUUUCUUUAUUAUCUUUGCAAAGUUGUGUAGAAUCACUACUGUUAUUUAAAAGUUUUCCUUUCAGCACAAAUCUCUGUUGUUUUACCUAUAAAUUCUGUAAUUUACAUAAGGGAAGGGAGUUCUAUUUUAGUUUAAUAAUCUGCCUCAAAAGGCUUUUACGUGAGAGGAAACUUCAUUUCCCUCUCAAUUGACACAAGUCAUAAUAGAAAUUUUUUUAACACAAACACACUGUAGCACACUUUGCAUAUUAACUUUGCCUUUAUUAUUUUAAAAAAUUUCUUUAAAAAGUAUAGGUAUUAGUAUAUUCAUGAUUUUCUGUGAUCUUUAUACAAGAUCUAAGUUAAUAAAUUAUAUAUUAUACAGUUACUAAGUUAAAUAAUUUAGAAAUUCUUUGUAUUUAUUUGAGCUAUCCAAGUUGUACAACAAUUUAUUUGACUUAAUUUGUACAUUGAUGUGCAUGAUUAAAUUACCACAAUCCAAUUCAGAAAUCAACCCAAUCUGGCUAGGCUAAUCAACUAAACUGACAACAACAAAAAGUUGUUUUUUUUUCUAUGGGGGAGAAAAAAUAAAAUAUUACUUCUAACAUGCAAUUCAAUAAUUACAAAAAUAAUUUUUGUUAUUUCAUUUAUUUAUUUUUGCAAUAGUUUUAAUUUCUUUCUUGCUUCCAAGCAUUUAAAUAUGAACUCAAAUGCUGUAAUUGUCUUUUUUAUCAUUCAAAAGUUAUCCUAGUUACCGUGCAUUUAAAAACUUAUUAUUUACAAUAUUUAACUUAUAUAUAUAUAUUAUGUAAUGUUAAAUUAAAUCUAAUCUUUAAAUAAAUCUAAGAUCAAACUCAUUUAAAAAAUUUUCCCCUAAAAGCAGAAUAAUAUUAAUUUUACUGAGAAUAAAAUAAUGUGAGGCAUUAGUAGUCUGGGAAAUGAGUCACUUGCUUGUUACAAAGUUCUGCUCUUUUUCUCCAGAAAUAUAUAAAUAUCUAAGUCCUUUUUUUCCAUAUCUAAACACUAAGGAUGUAAGUUCUCCAGGAUCUGAUAAAUAAAACUCUAAUUCAUAGUUUGUGUAUUUUUAUAAUCAUUGGCUACACUCCAAAUUAAAAUGUUAUUGCUGUUAAUAAAGCAUUACAUAUGUAUGUAUUAAGACUAUUUGGAGGAUGAAAGUGUUUGAUGAAUAAUUUUACCAGCAAUAAAUUAAUAUAAAUUAUAUAGAAUGGUAUAAUUGAUUCAAUUUUAUUCCUUUGUUUUAUGUUUAAAUCUAGUAUUUGGAGUUUCAUUAAUAAUAAUGUCGAUUCAGUACUAGUAUAUAUAGUUUUGCUUUUUCAAAGUGUUAUCUCUCAUAUCAAAAUUGCUAUUUUUGUGGAAUAAAAUAUGUUAAGCAAUAAAAUUGAUUUAAAAAAGUUAA